GUGUAGUAGUAGUAGUAGUACCAGCUCUGCAUCAUAAUAACUGCAUUCUGUUACAAAGCGUACCCACCACCACCACCACCGCAGCAGCAGCAGCGGCAAAAGCAGCCCCCUCCUCAAUUUUCUUGCUUUUCUCCUCACAUUUUUCCUCUCUGCGUGCUAAACCCUAGACAUCUCCUCUUUUUGUUGUGGAUAACAUGGAAGGACAAUAUGGUCAUGAGAACUAUCUGCGGUUGAUGUCAUUGGAUUUUGGUGGGAAUACCAAUCAUGUGUCUCAUUCAUACCAAGACAAUCCAAACCAGCAGCACAUUAUGCCAGCUGGAAGGAAUCAGAUGCUUCCCGUUGAUCUGCCCCUGCCUCACUGGAUUCAUUGCCAGCAAACAUCUCAUAGUUAUGUCAAGUAUCUUGCUGAAAGUGGUGCCUCGGAAAUCCAAAGGGAGAUGUCACACAAUAAACUAGGAGUGGCAUCUAAUUUCACACCUACUGAUUCUUCUAUUGGCAUGGAUGUUUGGAAGGGUGUAAAAUAUACGAGGCCUCAUAAUGAAGGAGGACUAAUGAACAACUUCACCAGUGCAGAAUAUCAGAUACAUGUUCAGAAACAAGAAUCAAAUGAACCUCAUCCAGGAGUAGCAGUUGAAGCACAAGGGUUCUCAUCCAAACUACGCAACCGUAUAUCAAGACAGAGAGCCACUGCCACUGAUCGUACUCGCAGAAUGAGGAUUGCUGAGAGACUUGAUGCCUUGAAGGAGCUGCUUCCACAGCCUAAAGAGGGCGGUAAAGCAUCUCUACUUGAUGACAUCAUUGACCAUAUUAAGUAUUUACAGCUUCAAAUAAAGGAUUUAAGUCGAAGCAGAUUGGGAGGUGAAUCAACAUCUGAUUCUUUUAUUUUCCUCGAGGGAUAUGGUCAUUACCUUCUCCAGGAGCUGAUGUUGAAUGAACCUCUGGAAGAGAUGAUAGGAAAGUUAUUGCAGGUCAAUCCAUUAGCAGCGACCGAGCUAUUGGAAAGCAGGGGCCUGGUUAUAAUGCCCACGGCAUUCGCUGAAGGACUGCACCAAUCUCUAUAGAUGUUGCUGAACAUACCAAUCUAUCAAACAUCUAGAUUUUUAUUUUUCUUUUUUAAAAUCACUGUUUCUAUACCAAGAAAAUGACAAAGGCAAACAACCAUUGUUGAGCUUUGGUAACCCCCCAUGAAACAAACUCAAAAACAUCUAUCUAAGUUCACAGUAACUGUGGGAGUUGACUAAGGUCAUUUUGCUCUUAGAUAGAGAGAUACACUUAUCUUGACCAUCCUUUUUUAUACUGUUUGGAUAGAUUGAUUUCAAAUGAAAGGAUUUGAAAUUAAAUUUUAUAAGUAACAUAGGUUAGUUUUCAAAUGAAAUUCGAUUUUGGAAUUCAUUUCUAAAUUUCAAAUGAAAUUCAACUUUAGAAUUCAUUUCUAAAUUUCAGCUUUGUUCCGUAAACAAUUAAUGCCCAAAUACUUUUAUAUUUUAGUUUAA